AUGAAAUCCACCAUAUGCGACAGCUGUAGAAGCGAUAUUCCCCUCAGAGUCCCAGUUCUCCCAAUCAAAAAUCACCUUUUCCGUUCAGACUACGUUCCCACCGGGGUCGAAGUCAACGAACACUCAAGAGCUCUCGAGGACGAGCGCAACCUUCUUGAGUACUGCGACCAGGAAAUCGUUCGUAUUUCCCAGCUACUCGGAGACCUGAAGAGAGAAAGAAAGCAUAUCAUGGAGCGUAUCCCCCUGCGAAAGACUUUCCUCUCUCCAACCCGUCGUAUCCCAGUCGAGAUAUGGAGGGGCAUUUUUUCGCUGGGGACUGCAAGGCCGUACACGCCAGCCCUUAUGAUCUACUACGUGUUUGUACCCACUGGAAUCGUAUCGUCACCAGAUUCUCUCAACUCUGGGCUUCUAUCUUCAUAUGCGGAGAUUUCAGCGAAGAUUUCUCCCGUCAUCUCCCCAAUCUUUUCCGGAAGUCUGGCAACACCCCCUUGA